UGGAAUCUGAAGUGGGGAAGCCAGAGCGUGAAGAGGGGACACAGGGACCUGGAAUGGGGAGGCUGGAACGUGAAGGGGGGAUGGUAAGGAGGGAAUUGGGGACAGCAGGAGGUGAAGAGGGGACACAGGGACCUGGAAUGGGGUCAUGGGGACCCGGAAGGGGGACAGCGAGACAUGAAGAGUUGGGAUGGGAACAGGGGAUGCUGGAAGCUGCAGGGGGGACAGCGGGACGCAAAAGGGUGGCAGCGAGGCGGAAGAGGGGGACAGCAGGGCACGAAGAGGGGACAAAAGGACCCGAAACGGGGACAGUGGGAUGUGAAGAAAGGACAGCAGGACCUGAAAUGGAGACAGCGAGACCCACAGCGGCGUCUCGGGGUCGGAAGAGGGGAACGCGGUGCGAAAGGGGGACGUCAGGACACGGAGAGGAGGCGGUGGGGUCGGAAGAAGAGAUGGCAGGAGAUGAGAAAGGGACAGCAGGACCCAAAGGUGACGUGGGACCCAAAGGGACAGCGGGACCCAAAGGUGACGCAGGACCCAAAGGGACAGCGGGACCCAAAGGUGACGUGGGACCCAAAGGGACAGCGGGACCCAAAGGUGACGCAGGACCCAAAGGUGACGUGGGACCCAAAGGUGACGCAGGACCCAAAGGUGACGUGGGACCCAAAGGUGACGUGGGACCCAAAGGGCCAGCGGGACCCAAAGGUGAUGCAGGACGGCGGCGCGGCCGUGGGCCGAAGGAUGGAGCUGCAGCAAAGCCCAGAGCUGCCCGCAGGAAGAGGCCGGGCCCAGGGGAUGGCGAAGAGGAACCUGCAGCUGCACCAAAGCGGAGGAGGAGGGCGCCGUCUCCAUCCGAAAACCUUCUGGGUGACUUUGAGGAGGAGAAGCCCGGGGCGGUCGGCAAAGCGCUCCCUGCCAGGGCUCCUCGACGACCCCAGGGCAACUUUGUGAGGCUCAACCUGAAGAGCAGAUCCCACGUGCGGGGCGCCGCGCUGCGGGGAAGGCAGCUCCGCAAGCAGGUGUGGAAGGAGAAGUGGCAGAAGAAGGCGGCGCGGUUCGGAGGCGGCAGGGCCGUGGGUCGCAGCUCGGAUGUUUGCUUCAAGUGCGGCGCGGCCGGGCACUGGGCAGCGGCGUGCAGGGGGGCAGGCUCCUCUGCCCACGCAGCUCCUCCAGCAGAACCCAUCCGUCCCAGCGCUGAAGAAGAAGAGGAGGAUGAGGAUCCCCUGCCCACGCUGGAAGAGGUGGCCCGCCGGACCAACACCAUUUACCAGGAGCUCCCCGCAUCCAGCAGUGACCAGGACGGAGCCGAGCUCACGGAGCCAACUCCAUACCUGGACGUGCAGCGCCCACCCUACGAGCCCCCCACACCUCCAGCACCCGUGGAGCCCCUCUACAGCUUGGGGCCGGAUGGGAAGCCGCGAGAGACCCCCAGGGAGGUGCUGGACGCGCUCUCUGAGUUGGGCUACAGCUCCUUUCGGCCUGGCCAGGAGGUGGCCAUCAUGAGGAUCCUCUCAGGGCUCUCCACGCUGGUCGUGCUCCCCACGGGGAUGGGGAAAUCGCUGUGCUAUCAGCUGCCUGCCUUCCUGUACCACAAACGCUCGCGGAGCAUCGCGCUGGUGGUUUCCCCGUUGGUGUCGCUGAUGGAUGACCAGGUCUCCGGCCUCCCCCCGUGCCUCCGCGCCGUCUGCGUUCACUCGCACCUGAGCCGUGCGCAGCGGGACGCGGCCCUGCGCCGGGUGCAGGAAGGCUCUGCUCAGGUGCUGCUGCUUUCCCCCGAAGCCCUGGUGGGCGCCGGCUCCUCGGGCUCCUGCUGCCUGCCCCCGGCCCACCAGCUGCCCCCCGUGGCCUUCGCCUGCAUCGACGAGGCGCACUGCGUCUCCGAGUGGUCGCACAACUUCCGUCCCAGCUACCUGCGGCUCUGCAAGGUUCUCCGGGGCCGUCUGGGCGUCCGCUGUUUCCUGGCUCUGACGGCCACAGCUACGGUGGCGACGGCGCGGGACGUGGCGGCACAGCUGGGCAUCCCGCAGCAGGACGGCAUCGCCGUGCGCAGCGCCGCCGUGCCACACAACCUGCGGCUCUCCGUGUCUGUGGAGCGGGACCGGGACCGGGCUCUCGUUGAGCUGCUGCGCAGCGAGCGCUACGCCGCGCUGCGCUCCAUCAUCGUGUACUGCACGCGUCGGGAGGACACGGCCCGCGUCGCCGCGCUGCUCCGCACCUGUCUGCAGGACGAGCUGCUCACCAGCGCCACGCCAGGACCCCAGGGCGGCCGCCGCCUCCCAGCAGACGCGAUUGCAGCUGCGUACCACGCCGGGCUGUCGGCGGCCGAGCGGCGCCGCGUCCAAUCGGCCUUCAUGAGCGGCCGCCUCCGCGUGGUUGUGGCCACGGUGGCUUUUGGGAUGGGUUUGGACAAAGCGGACGUCCGUGCUGUGCUGCAUUACAACAUGCCCAGGAAUUUUGAGAGUUACGUGCAGGAAAUCGGCCGAGCAGGGAGGGAUGGAGAGCCGGCGUGGUGUCACCUCUUCCUGGACCCCGAGGGCUCCGACCGGCUCGAGCUGCGGCGCCACAUCUUCGCCGACGCCGUGGACUUUUUCACCAUCAAGAAAUUGGUGCAGGCCGUCUUCCCGCCCUGCAAAUGCCGGGAGCUGCACCGGCGCCGCUGCGCCCUCAGCAGGGGAGCGGAGGUGAGCGACCAAGAGAUGGCGGCCAUGGAGGUGGAGGAGGACGGCGGGGCGUCGGAGGGGGGCGGGGAGCAGCAGCGCCUGUGCUACAAACACGAGCGGGCCAUCGAUGUGCAGGGCAUCGUCAGUGAGAUGGACCUGAGGGAGGAGGCCAUUGAGACCCUGCUGUGUUACCUGGAGCUGCACCCGCAGCGCUGGCUGGAGCUGCUGCCCCACACCUAUGGGGUUUGCACCGUGCGCUGCUAUGGGGGGCCCAGAGAGCUGCGAGCUGCUGCACAGAGCUGCCCCCCGCUGGCCGUGGCUUUGGCUCUCAGGCGCCUGAACUCUGCUGCCCCCCCCCUGGAUUCCUCCAGCCUUCGCUUCGACGUCGUCUCGCUCAGUGACUCCAUGGGCUGGGAGCUGCCCUUGGUCAAAAGGGCCCUGAGGCAGCUGCAGGGCGAGCGGCGCCCCGGGACGGCAAUGGCGCCAUCCCCACGCGGCUCCGUUUCGGUUCAAUUCUCGGAGCUCUGUUUCCACCUCCGCUCCUUCGGGGAUCUGAGCCACGCCGAGCUGGACGCCGUCUGCCACUUCCUGCAGCGCCGCCUGGAGGAACGACAGCAGGGGGCGCUGCGGCAGCUCCGAGCCUGCAGGGCGGCUUUCCGCAGCGUUGCCUUCCAGAGCUGCUGCCCGCAGCCCCACCAGGAGGAGGAGGAGGAGCGGAGCCGCAGGCUGAAGGCUGUGCUGCAGGGCUACUUUGAGCAGGAGAGCCGAGGCCUCGGGGACGACGAGGAGGAUGAGGAUGAAGGCCUCACCGCUGAUGAUGUGAGCGCGGCCCCUCCAUGGCGGCCGCCAUCUUGGCCACAAUGGCGUCUCUGUGCCUUCACAUGAGGGCAGAGCUCCGCGGCCCGGCCUCCCUGCGGCUGCUCUGCUUCCUCCCCAUCCCAGUCCUCCCAGAACGUCCCAGUCCAUCCCAGUCUGCCCCAAUCAAUCCCAGUCCAUCCCAGUCCAUCCCAGUCUGUCCCAGUCCAUCCCAGUCAGCCCCAGUCCAUCCCAGUCCAUCCCAGUCCGUCCCAGUCCGUCCCAGUCCACCCCAGUCCAUCCCAGUCCCUCCCAGAACGUCCCAGUCCAUCCCAGUCUGCCCCAAUCAAUCCCAGUCCACCCCAGUCCGUCCCAGUCCAACCCAGUCCAUCCCAGUCCAUCCCAGUCCGUCCCAGUCAGCCCCAGUCCGUCCCAGUCCGUCCCACUCAGCCCCAAUCAAUCCCAGUCCAUCCCAGUUUGUCCCAGUCCAUCCCAGUCCAUCCCAGUCUGCCCCAGUCCACCCCAGUCCAACCCAGUCCGUCCCAGUCAGCCCCAGUCCGUCCCAGUCCAUCCCAGUCCG